AUGGGGCAGCUAAUGGUGAACGCGGAGAACUUCUUGGGAUCUGCCCUGAGAGUAUGGCAUACAGGACAUACUGCUGAUUUGAAUAUAUUUUUAGAUGAUCCGGAAUUUGCAGAAAUCAUUCUGAGAGCAGAACAAGCUAUAGAGUGUGGAGUUUUUCCAGAAAGAAUCUCUCAAGGGUCCAGUGGAAGUUACUUUGCCAAGGAUCCAAAAGGGAAAAUUAUUGGAGUGUUCAAACCAAAAUCUGAAGAGCCUUAUGGACAUCUAAAUCCAAAAUGGACCAAAUAUUUUCAUAAAGUUUGUUGUCCUUGCUGCUUUGGCAGAGGCUGCCUCGUUCCAAAUCAGGGAUACCUCUCUGAAGCUGGUGCCUAUCUUGUGGAUGACAAGCUGGGGCUAGGAGUUGUACCUAAAACUAAGGUUGUCUGGCUUGUCAGUGAGACCUUUAACUACAGUGCAAUAGAUCGUGCAAAGUCAAGAGGAAAAAAAUAUGCUUUAGAGAAAGUGCCAAAAGUUGCUAAAAAAUUUAAUCGAAUUGGACUACCUCCUAAGGUUGGCUCCUUCCAGCUGUUUGUUGAAGGAUAUAAGGAAGCUGACUACUGGCUCAGGAAGUUUGAGACUGAUCCUUUACCUGAGAACACAAGGAAAGAAUUUCAGUCACAGUUUGAAAGAUUGGUUAUCUUGGAUUAUGUAAUCAGAAAUACAGACAGAGGUAAUGACAACUGGUUAGUCCGGUACGAGAAACAAGAUGAUGGACUUGAUCUGUUGGAUAAGGAUAGCCAGUGGACUAUAACUAAAGAAUCUACUAUUAAAAUUGCUGCAAUUGACAAUGGUUUAGCGUUUCCUUUUAAGCAUCCUGAUGAAUGGAGGGCAUAUCCCUUUCACUGGGCUUGGCUGUCACAGGCAAAGGUUCCUUUCUCUCAGGAGACCAGAGACUUAGUUCUUCCUCGUGUUUCUGAUAUGAACUUCGUACAGGAUCUUUGUGAAGAUCUUUAUGAACUAUUUAAGACUGAUAAAGGAUUUGACAAGGCUACUUUUGAAAACCAAAUGUCUGUUAUGAGGGGGCAGAUACUAAACCUUACUCAGGCAUUAAAGGAUGGCAAAAGUCCCAUUCAGCUUGUCCAGAUGCCACGUGUGAUUGUAGAGCGAAGCAGCACUGGAAGUCAGGGCCGCAUUGUCCAUCUGAGUAAUGCGUUCACACAGACCUUUCACAGCAGGAAGCCUUUCUUUUCCUCCUGGUAGCAACAAAAAUAUAUGGGAAGAGUAAGUUUCUCUUAACUUUAGAAAGCUACUUCUGUGUAAAGGGUCUGCAAUAAUGUACUUCUACUGUAUACCAAGAGCUCCGACUGCCGACACCUCAGAACUUAAAUUCUAAAGACUUGAGAAAUGUAUUUUGAAUGUAAUAGAAGUUUACAAUUUUUGUGUCAAAAUUGUGAAUUCUUAUGUCAGGGAAUGAGAAGAACUUGUCCAUAUUGUAUUUUUAUAGGCUAAAUUAAUGUAUUCUGAAUAAGGGAAGAUUCACAGUUUGCAUAUGCUGAGAAACUACUUUUGAGUACAACAGGAAUUCUUUUUGUUUAAUAGAAAUGAGAACCUAUACACUAUCAGGUUUUUUAUAUGAUCUUAAAAAAAAAAGUACAGAAUGUUGUCUUUGAUUGUGAAAAUGCUUUUCCUUUGACUUUUUUCCUGAUACUUUAAGCUGUUUAUGGACUUUUUUCAUAGAGUAGUUACUUGAAAAGUCAUGCACUAGGAAAAAAA